GCGGCUUUUUCUAAAGCUUACAUAUCGACGAGCUAACCUAUGCUUUCAAUUCCCCUUCCCAGCCCCGUGAGUCCGCGGCGACAGUGGGUCGUGGAGUGGCUGGGUACGGCCCCCUCCUCCAGAAAAACCAGAGAAGGGCUUGGAGGGCUGAAACCAGCGUCCACGAGCAGGUCCGUGCGGACCCAGACUUCGGGCCAGCUGAGUCCUGCGGGGCGGCGGUGGGAGACGCCAGGUCACCGGCUCCUCUGUCCUGGUCGAGAUGGACAACGCCUCGUUCUCGGAGCCCUGGCCGGCCAACGCAUCGUGCCCAGGCCCGGGGCUGGGCUGCUCCAACGAGUCGAGUCUGGCCCAGCUGCCCGCGCCGCUGGCGGUGGCCGUGCCAGUCGUCUACGCGGUGAUCUGCGCCGUGGGGCUGGCAGGCAACUCCGCGGUGCUGUACGUGUUGCUGCGGGCGCCCCGCAUGAAGACCGUCACCAACCUGUUCAUCCUCAAUCUGGCCAUCGCCGACGAGCUCUUCACGUUGGUGCUGCCCAUCAACAUCGCCGACUUCCUGCUGCGGCAGUGGCCCUUCGGGGAGUUCAUGUGCAAGCUCAUCGUGGCCAUCGACCAGUACAACACCUUCUCCAGCCUCUACUUCCUCACCGUCAUGAGCGCCGACCGCUACCUGGUGGUGAUGGCCACUGCCGAGUCACGCCGGGUGGCCGGCCGUACCUACGGCGCUGCGCGCGCGGUGAGCCUGGCAGUGUGGGGGCUCGUCACUCUCGUCAUACUGCCCUUUGCUGUCUUCGCCCGGCUCGACGACGAGCAGGGCCGGCGCCAGUGCGUGCUGGUCUUUCCGCAGCCCGAGGCCUUCUGGUGGCGCGCGAGCCGCCUCUAUACGUUCGUGCUGGGCUUCGCCAUCCCAGUGUCCACCACCUUCGUCCUCUACACCACCCUGUUGUGCCGGCUGCAUGCCAUGCGGCUGGACAGCCACGCCAAGGCCCUGGAGCGCGCCAAGAAGCGGGUGACCUUCCUGGUGGUGGCGAUCCUGGCCGUGUGUCUCCUCUGCUGGACGCCCUACCACCUGAGCACGGUGGUGGCGCUCACCACCGACCUCCCGCAGACGCCGCUCGUCAUCGCCAUCUCCUACUUCAUCACCAGCCUGAGCUAUGCCAACAGCUGCCUCAACCCCUUCCUCUACGCCUUCCUGGACGGCAGCUUCCGCAGGAACCUCCGCCAGCUGAUAAAGUGCCGCGCGGCCUCCUGACGCCCCGAGCAUCGGGCUCCCCACCGGCCCCGCCAACCCCCGCCCGCGCAGGAGGAACCGGCGCCCGCGCCCAGAGUGCGGGACCGGACAGGCAGCCUCGGCGUCGCGGGGAAACUGACUCGCGCCCCACCCCUGACCUAGCGGAUGGGAAGCGCUGCGGAGGCGCCCGCGGGUUGACCUUGCCAAACCCUCCUGGUGAUGCGCGUCCACGCUGGGUGAGGAGCCGCGCGGCUGAGAUCGCCACACUGAUCACUCCCUAACGCCAAGGUCAGGGGUUGACCCUCGAGUUUGGCACGCAGACCAGUGUGGAGGUAGAGGAGGAUAGAGGAGGAGGGCAGUAUUGCUGGGACCCGCCCCCUCCCUGCCGUGCUUCCUGCUACCAGAUCCCAGCCCUGGCCGUCUGCCACCUGGCUCGAGGAGCAGCUCUCCGCGCCUUUUA